UCCUUCUCUUCCUUCUCUUCUUCCUCCUCUUCCACCUCCUCCUCCUCUUCGUCUUCCUCUCUUCUUCCUCCUCCUCCUCCGCCCCCCCCCCAGCAGCUGUCCCUCACCGGACACCGUGUGGUCUCGGUGUGUCUGGGUUCCAUCCUGGUGUUCGGUCUGAUCAAUAACCUGCUGGUUCUGGUUCUGUUCUGCAGGUUCCGCUCUCUGCGCACUCCCGUCAACAUGCUGCUGUUAAACAUCAGUGUCAGUGAUCUGCUGGUGUGCGCGUGCGGCACCACGCUCAGCUUCUGCUCCAGCCUCAGCACGCGCUGGCUCUAUGGACGCACGGGCUGCGCGUGGUACGGCUUCAUCAACUCCUGCUUCGGUAUCGUGUCUCUGGUGUCUCUGGCCGUUCUGUCCUACGACCGUUACAGCACUCUGCUGGUGUACAACAAGCGUUCUCCGGACUACCGGCGCCCCCUGCUGGCGGUGGGGGGGGCGUGGCUUUACUCGCUGCUGUGGACGGUGCCUCCUCUGAUUGGCUGGAGCAGCUACGGGCCGGAGGGGGCGGGGACUAGCUGCUCGGUGGCGUGGACGGAGCGAACGCCGCGAUCGCACUCUUACAUCAUCUGUCUGUUCGUGUUCUGCCUCGGUCUGCCGGUGAUCGUCAUGGUUUACUGCUACGGACGCCUGCUGCACGCCGUCACGCAGGUGGGUCGUGUCCGGCGCACGGCGGCGCGGCGCAGAGAGUUCCACAUCCUGUUCAUGGUGUUCACCACGGUGGUUUGCUACCUGCUGUGCUGGAUGCCGUACGGAGUCGUAGCCAUGAUGGCAACGUUCGGCCGGCCGGGCCUCGUCAGCCCGGUGGCCAGCGUGGUGCCGUCGCUCCUCGCCAAGACCAGCACUGUCAUCAACCCCGUCAUCUACAUCCUCAUGAACAAACAGUUCUACCGCUGCUUCCUGAUCCUGUUCGGUUGUAAACACCAGCUGACGGAGAACGGCGCCUCCUCGGUUCCCUCCAGAACCACGGUACUGCAGCUGCACCGCCGGCCCGUUCCCAGCAGCCCCGUCACCAAACCCGCCGUCGACCCCGAGGCAACUAGCGGCGCUCUGUCGGACAAGACGGAGCCGACGGCGAGGCCCGAAAUCUCUUCAUGA